GGUGAAUUUGGGGAGGUCUGCCGUGGUCGCCUGGCUCUUCCAGGCCGCCCCGAAUCCCCGGUGGCGGUGAAAACGUUGAAGGGCAACGCCGGGGAGAGGCAGAGGCGUGAGUUCCUGGGGGAGGCAGCACGGAUGGGGCAGUUUGCCCACCCCAACGUGGUGAGGCUGCGGGGAGUUGUCACCCACGGGGCGCCCACCAUGAUCCUCACCGAGUACAUGGAGAACGGGGCGCUCGACGCCUUCCUACGGAGCCACGUCGGGGCGCUCAGCACCCUGCAGCAGGUGGCGAUGCUGCGCGGGGUGGCGGCAGGGAUGCGGUAUCUGGCGGAGCUGGGCUUCGUGCACCGCGACCUGGCAGCCCGCAAUGUGCUGCUGGACGCUCAGCUCGUCUGCAAGGUGGCGGAUUUCGGGUUGGCCCGAGCCGUGCAGCGCAGCGCCGCCGAUCCCACCUACACCAGCACGUUGGUGGGU